AUGAAUCAUACAGGAAUAAUUGAGAAUAGUAAAAGAUUCAUUAAUGAGUAUAAGUCAGACAUUGGACUAUAUUUUAUUUUAAUAAUUAUUAAUAAUUUCGUUGGAUUCAUUCCAACUCAUCAAGAAAUUCCUUACAAGGAAGACCCAAAUUAUAUGUUUUCAAAAAUUAAUGAUGUUAUUCCAAGAACAAUGAAUGUUAUUAUUAAUUUUUAUAUUCCAAUUUGUGUCAUUGUAAUAAUAUCUAUCUUUCAAAAGAAUAUAGAAAAAGGAUUAACAAUGCUUAUUCCAUUUCUAAAUAGUGAAAUGAUUGUAGGAAUAAUCAUUCAAUUAUUAAAACGAUAUUCUGGAAAACCAAGACCAUUUUAUAAUACAUAUUGUAUUGAACAUUAUAAACCAACUUGUAACCAUAGUUUUCCAUCUGGUCAUACUGCAUAUGCUUUUCAAGGACAAAUGUUCUUAUCACUAAUAUUAUUAGAAUUUAUUUCACAAUACAAAAAGUCAACUAAUUUAAUUGUACAAUUCAUUGUAUUUUUACCUUGUGUAUGGGCUUUUGUUGUUGGACUAACCCGCUUUUAUGAUCACCACCAUACUAUUUCUGAUAUUCUUGCAGGUGGAAUUAUUGGAGCAUUUAUUGGAUUUACAACAUAUUAUGUGUAUAAAAAUAAAGUUUCUAAAAAGAAAGAAUUAACAGAUGAAGAAUUAUUUGCAAUUGAAUUUGAAUAA